CAGCUGACUGUCAGUUUUACUCAUAUUGUUUUCUUAAAAAUUAUUAAUUAGGUAAUUGCUAUUGUGAUUGUUUAUCGAAAAUGGGUGUCUUCUACAGUUGUAAACUAUUUUUACAAUUAUUGUAUUUAGUUUGUGCAGUAAAUCAUACAAAUAAGAGUACAUAAAUACGUGUUGAAGAACAAAACAAAAUUAUAACCCCACUUCAAGCAGAAAAAUCUUGAUCAGAAGUUGUAUAUUAACAAGAAAAUGAAUAAAAACCUUCAAUCACCAACUAAAUUAACUGAAUUUGCUCCUCUUCAACCUUCAGAAAAAAAUGGUAUGGGAAAUUUCUUCUCGAGAUUUUUAAAUUUCAAAAAGAAUAAUGGAAAUGAAGAUUCUUCUAGUAACGAAAAGAAAAGUGAUAAAGAGCAGGAAUCCCUUCCCUCUUGGGCUGUUGAUAAAUCUGACGACCAAAGCUUAAGUGAUAAUUAUUAUUCAAUUGAUAUUAAUGAUGGUAGAAGUUUGCCUAAUGUAUUAAAAAGGAUAAGCAAUCUCUUAGUUUUAAAAAGUAGUAAUUUACAAGCAUACUCAGAUACUGAAUUAAAGCAGUAUUGGAUGCCAGAUUCUGUUAGCAAGGAGUGUUACGAAUGUAGUGAAAAAUUUACAACCUUCAAAAGGAAACAUCAUUGUAGAGUGUGUGGUCAGAUUUUCUGUUCUCAAUGCUGCAACCAACAAAUACCUGGGAAAAUAUUUGGAUGCACAGGGGAUCUCAGAGUGUGCACCUACUGCUGUAAAGUUGUACUUUCCUAUCUGCAGUCUCCAGAUGUUGGUGCAGAGUUAACAGCAGAUCUUAAAGCAUUACAAGAAAGUUUACAGAAUAAAUAUGGACCAUUAUCACCGGCACCUUCAUCUUACUGUAGUGCACCUGCUAAUGGUGCCGCUGCAGUUUCAGAUAGUUCAUCAGGAACUUUGAAAAGAAAAAUAUCUAUUGGGUAUCAAGAAGAGAAAUUUGGUUUAGACAGAGGAUCUGUACCUAAUGUUUGUCUUUCACCUGAAGAAAAAUGUAGAGUGUUACAACAUUCCACCAGUCUUCGAAAUCUUUAUGAAGAGAUGUGUAAAGCUGCUACUGGUGUAGCCCUUCAGUCACACAGAUACAGACUUCGAACAUAUUAUGAUUGCUUUCUUGGUUCUGCCCUAGUAGACUGGCUGAUUUUUCAACAAAAGGCAAAUAACAGAAUUCAAGCAUCAGCUCUUUGUCAAGCACUCUUAGAUGGGGGCUACAUUGAAUGUGUAUCUGAUACAAUGUCGUUUGUUGAUGGAUAUGCAUUAUAUAGACCAUGUUUUACUCUAGAAAUUGAUGACAGCCCAAAUUUACCCCCUGUAGAAAUUCCUAUACAAGAUGAGCCAAUUUGGAUGCAGCAAAUACCCCAAGACUCCAGUGCAACAGAUUCAGAUAAUGAACAUGCAGUACCACCAUCUACAAAACAGCAAGGCUAUUUAAGUUCUUCAUCUUCUUAUACUUUAGAUUUAAAUAUCGGAGCUAAUACAGUUUAUUUAUCAAAACCUGCUCAUACUGAAAAAAGUUCAAUGAGCGAUAUUGAUGAAAACGAUUUUGAAAAAGAAAAAUUUAUCUCUAUUCAGGAGGAAACUCCCGAAGUUCAGCCCUCAGAACAACGAGAACACGCUCCAGAAAGUGGUUGGCAUAAUGCUGUCCAUCUUCGCGAAGAACAUGACGAAAAAUUAACUUAUAAUAUUUUAACUGCGAAAUAUGAAGAUCAUGAAGAAACAUUAGCAAAACAACUCCUUGCAUCAGAAAGCUUGUCUUUGUCUUGGUGGGAUACCCUUAAACUUCUUGUUCAUGAAGUUAUAGAUGUUAUCAGACCUGAUAAAAACCACAACGCAGACGAUAUUGACAUCAGGCAAUACGUUCAAAUAAAAAAGAUACCGGGAGGUGUUAGAAACGAAAGCAAACUUAUAAAGGGUUUAGUCUUUACAAAAAAUAUUACACACAAGAAGAUGCUCGCAAAAAUUGAUAAUCCAAAAAUACUUUUGCUGGAAUCUGCAAUCGUUUAUCAAAGGACUGAAGGAAGAUUGAUGUCUCUAGAACCAAUUUUAAUGCAGGAACACGAAUAUUUAAGGAAUAUUGUUGCUCGAAUUGUUGCUUUGCAACCAAAUUUGGUUUUGGUACAGAAAAACGUAUCUCGAUUAGCCCAAGAUCUUCUACGAGAACAAGGAGUCACUUUGAUAAUGAAUGUAAAGCAAAGCGUUUUAGAAAGGAUUUCUAGAUGUACCCAAGCAGACAUUGUAACCUCCAUGGAUGCUCAUAUUGGGAAGCUUCGAGUGGGAACUUGCAAGAGCUUCUACAUUAAGACAUUUUUAACUGAUAAAGGAAAGAGUAAAACUCUUGUGUUUAUGGAAGGUUUACCAUUUCCUCAUUUGGGAGGUACGAUUCUAUUAAGGGGUAGUUUUCAAUCAGAGCUUUCUAAAAUAAAAAGUAAAUUAUCUUUUAUCAUAUUUGCUGCUUAUAAUUGGCGCUUGGAAAAAUCAUAUUUAAUGGACGAAUUUGUCAUGCCACCAAAUCCAUCAAAUGAAUUCUUUGAAGACAGUACUGAGAAUUCGCCUGAACCGAUCGAUGAGAGCGAAUUCAAUCAGGGCAAAGAUGUUUUAAAAGUCUUAAGAAAGGAUAAAGAAUUGCCACAAAAGAAGGAAGAAUUCUCUAGUUUCGAUAAUGAUGAAGUAUUUUUUUCGAAUAAGAAAUUGGAAAAAAGUUUUAAUGAAAAUAAUUUCAAUAACAACGAAAGUAAUAAAAAAACUGUGGAAUCAGAACAGCAAUCUCCAAACAUGAACGUUUCGACAUUUAAAGACCCCCUUCAGUCAGCCAAAACGGAAGAGAACUUGGAAAAGUGCGGAUCUCAAACUUUAUCAGUGGCAGAAUUGCCCUUUUUAAAUAAUUUCCGUAAGACGCUUGACGACGUUGUUUUGUGUAUUUCUCCGUAUAUUGUCCUUCCCUUGCCUUAUUUAGAGACUGAGACUGGAAGGAAGUGCAAGCUGAGAAAAUUUUUCCCUACCGUCAUUUAUCACAGUGUUCUUUUCGAAAAUAAGAAGAAAAUAAAAUUUAACAAAGAAUCUGAAAUAAAAAAACAGGUAGCAGAAAAUGAAAAGCUUAAACCUAUUCACCCAUUUCUCACUACAAAAAUUACCACGACUGUCGAUGAUGACAAAAUUCAAGGUCUUUUGGCCCACUUUAGAGCUUGUGGAGGCAGAAUUCAACCAAAAUCUGUCACAGAGGGUAAUGAAGAUGAAAAUGAUCAAAAGAAUAUUAAGCAAAUGUUGCGUUGCAGCACACAGCCUUUUUUGGAUGCUUUGGACAUAGUAAACCAUCAAAAAUUAGCAGUUUUAUUUUGUUGUUUCAGUAGUCAGUCGAAUAACGCACCAGCUUUUUGUGUCAAUCCAUGGGUAUUUUAUAUGACCUUUUAUGGAAUAAAUGACAUUCCUUUGGGUUGUUUUCUUGAAAGAUAUUGUUUCCGUUCAACUUAUAAUUGUCCAUCGAAAACGUGUGAUACUCCCAUGGUCAAACACGUUCGUCGUUUCGUUCAUAACGGUGGCUGCGUAAGUAUUUCAUUGAACACUUUCGAAAAUGAAUAUGGAGAAGAUAGUAUUAUAACAUGGACUUGGUGCACCAAAUGUCAAAAAGUAUCGCCCAUAGUUCCUCUAUCUGGAGACACUUGGUCGUUUUCUUUUGCCAAAUAUCUCGAACUAAAAUUCUAUGGAGGAAUUUACACAAGAAGAGGUUUCUCUGGUUGUAAACAUAGUAUACAUCAAGAUCAUUAUCAGUAUUUUGGAUAUAAAAAUAUUGUAGCUUCUUUCAAGUACAAACCAGUUCAGUUAUGGGAAAUAUCUCUCCCUCCAUUUCUAAUAAACAUAGUGUACGACAUAGAAACUAAACAAGUUACUAUGAUCGAAGAAGUUAAGGUGUUAGCUUCUAAAGGUCACGAGGUGUUUUCUUUUGUUGGAGAGAAAUUGUCCGAGUUACCCAUGGAUGGCGAGAAUUUGAACAAUCUUAAGCACAUCUUGAUGAAAGAAAAAAGUACUUUCAAACAAAAAAUUGAAGAAGUUCAGAUCAAACUCACGUCUCCAACAUUAGAGAAAAAAGAAAUAAAUUUUGAAGAAAUUACUAAAGAAAUCAUCGCGGCUGUUUGGACCAUCGACGAUUCUCUAAUGAAAAUAAAACGUUUAAUAGCAGAAUUCACAGAGCAGUGGAAUCUACGUUUAGAAACUUUAACGAAGAAGAAAGAGAAUGAGAAAAGAAGGGAAAAGACCACCAACUCUAACUCUGACAGUCCUAAUUCAAAUGAUAACAGAAUGUUACAGAUACUCACAAAUUCGGAUGAAUCAGCGAUCGAAUCUCACAGCCCUGGUGUCACUAAAAAAAUGAAAAGUUUGGACCAGUCAGAUGUUGCCAACGAAUCCAAUCUUUUAUUAAAAGGACAUCAAAGAUCUCAGUCAGACGGCACUACAAUUUCUCAAAAUGAAGAUAGUUAUGAUGGCAAGAAGGAAACAGACAGGAAGACAGUGAAAAAUAUCUUGUCGCAAUUUCUCCCUUCUUCCACCGCAACAACUUUAUUGCCAAAUCCAUUUAGUCUUCAUGAACAUUAUUCACUGCCUGCAGGAGUGUAUACACCACUAGUGGUCUACGAAAACGAGCCGAGCUCUAUAAUUGCGUACGCUCUAAAUUCGUACGAUUAUAAAAAGUUUUUCGAAGAAAUAAAGGCAAGAAAGUCGCAAAGUGGAGAACUCAGUCCCAGUCCAAUUGUUAAGAGGAAAAGUCAAGACAGAGAUAGAAAUGAUGUAAAUGAUUUAACCACAUCGAUUGAAAAGUCUGGAGGAAUUUUGUCUUUUUUAAGGAGCAAAGAAUCAAAACAAGACUUAAAUCUGCCCAGUCAUUUCAGUAAUGAUACCAGUGGUAACCCAGAUGAAGUAAUAGCAUUUGAAAAAAAUUACGAAAACAAAAAUAACAAAUCGACUCAUGUAGACGUUCAGUUUCAAGAUAGUUCCUCCAAUUUUUUUUGCCGGGUGUAUCAUGCAGAAAAAUUUGCUUCGUUAAGGAAAAUAGUCGUACCAGAUGGAGAAGAAGCUUAUAUAAGAUCAUUAUCGAGGUGCGUCCAGUGGAAUGCCAGAGGAGGAAAAUCAGGAUCAUCUUUUUGCAAAACCAAAGAUGAUCGUUUCAUCUUAAAAGAAAUUCCGAAAUCGGAGAUACAAUUGUUUCUGGACUCGGCUCAUAAUUAUUUUGCAUACAUGCAUAAAUGUCUGUCAACAAAUCAGCCCACUCUUCUCGGAAAAAUUGUUGGAAUUUAUCAGAUUAUAUUCAGAAACGAACACACGAACAUUUCCCUCAGGACAAACUUACUUGUCAUGGAAAAUUUAUUUUACAAGAGGUCCGUAACCCAUAGGUUUGAUCUGAAAGGGUCCAUGCGAAAUAGAUUAGUCAAUCCUGAUGAUGGUGACGGAGAGAUAGUAUUAUUAGAUGAAAAUUUACUCAAAAUGACUUGUGAAGCACCGUUGUACAUUCUUCCACAUUCCAAGGCAGUAUUAACGGCUGCAAUUCACAGUGAUACUGAAUUUUUGUCUGGUCAGUCUGUGAUGGAUUAUUCUCUUUUAGUUGGACUGGACUCCAACAAUAAAGAGCUGGUUUUAGGCAUUAUAGAUUAUAUAAGAACAUUUACGUGGGAUAAAAAAUUAGAAACGAUGGUGAAGAAGUCUGGAAUUUUAGGAGGUCAAGGAAAGUUACCAACCAUCAUAUCGCCUGAGGAAUACAGGAAAAGAUUCAUUGUAGCGAUGCAUAGGUACUUCCUUGAGGUUCCAGAUCACUGGACUGGUUUAGGCAGAGGCUUAGAAUGUUAAGUAUUAUGUAGAAUAUUUAAAAAUAAGAAUUAAUAAUAUUUUCCAUUUCUUGUUGUCAUUUAAAAUAAUUUACUUGAU